AUGAGAACCCCUUCUUGGGCACAUAGGCCAGUGGGUGCCGCAGCGCUUGCAGACAUGCUGCCUCUCAAACUUGGCCUAGUCAGCGUCGACAACCACAUUGGCGAUAUCGGCUUCCGAUAUUUCGUGGGCGUCGCUGAACGCCUCGUUUUGCUCGUCGCUUGAUGAGUCCAAUAUGGAGUAGAUCUCACGGUCGAACUUCUUGUUCCGUCCAUCUUGCCGAGAGUCACGGUUGUUGUCCUGUCACUGGGUGCGAUCUUGCUGGUAUGAGCGCUCCUGCUGCCGCUUGGAGUAGCUGUCGCGCUUGUCCCAGUCCGUCUUGACGCGGCUGCCGGAGAGCUUCUUCUGCGCGUUGGGGUACUUAACGCGUGCUAGGUUGAUGCGCACUUGACUUUUUUAAUGUACUCAAGGUAGGAGUGUUUAGGUGCGGAGGAAAACACAAGAUUUGGUUGCUGGGCAAGAGAGC